GGUCUGUUUUCUGCGGUGCUCACCGCCUUCCUCGUCGAAGUAUACACGCAACUGCAGCCGGACAACACUCAGCUCUCCGUCCAACUCCUAUCGAACAUAUCUCUCCAGCUCCAGCAGAUCUCCUUGAACCAAGCCGCACCUGCGUCCGUCGAUCCGCUCAACAUGUCCUUUCAGGCCGAUUCCCACGUGGUCGCGAUCAACGCGCUCUGGUUCCUUAGCCUCAUCCUCGCCCUUGCCUCUGCUCUCCUCGGCAUAUUCGUGAAGCAAUGGCUUCGCGAAUACAUGGCGUGGCCCAACGUCUCCCCCGUCCAGCAUGCCAUACAGCUUCGGAAGUUCCGCUACGAUGCCUUUCAGACGUGGAAAGUCCCCACUAUCGUGACCUUGGUUCCUGGCCUUUUGCAGCUCGCGGUUGUGCUGUUUUUCGGCGGACUUGUCACUCUACUUUGGCCCAUCGACACCGCUGUAGCU